GGUAUCAGAUCGAAAGUUCGAUAUUAGAAGUGUUUGAAAGUGGGAUUUUACCGAUGGAAUCGGGCACUGGUUCUCGUUAUGUUCAUCAGCUGCUCGGAAACUCACCGGAUAAGCAAGGAGCCGAUCAUCCUGACGCAGCAGCCACCACGAGUUCCGGAGGAGGAGGAGAAGGUAUGACUCCGGGAAGAAGGCCACGUGGACGUCCGGCGGGGUCGAAGAACAAGCCGAAGCCACCCAUAAUCGUUACUCGCGACAGUCCGAACUCACUGAGAUCCCACGUGCUCGAAAUCUUGUCCGGUUCCGACAUAGUUGAUUCGGUUUCGUAUUACGCGCGGCGGCGCGGUCGUGGAGUUUGUGUGCUCAGCGGAAAUGGUGCCGUCACGAAUGUUACUUUACGGCAACCGGGCGCUCCACCUGGAGGUGUCGUAACACUACAUGGUCGGUUCGAGAUUUUAUCUUUAACCGGGACUUCUCUUCCACCGCCAGCGCCGCCGGGAGCUGGUGGAUUGACGGUUUAUCUCGCAGGUGUUCAGGGUCAAGUAGUCGGAGGGAGCGUGGUGGCUCCGUUGACGGCUUCGGGUCCGGUUGUAUUAAUGGCUGCAUCGUUUGCGAAUGCUGUUUACGAUAGGUUACCGCUUGAAGAAGAAGACCCACAACAACAACAACAACCACCCGUAGCUUCACAAUCGUCUGGAUUGACUGGAAGUGGCGGAGGCAGUGGAAACGGUGAUGGCGCAACCGGAACCGGCGGCGGCGGCGUUCCUUUCUAUAAUUUGGGAUCAAACAUGGGAACUUAUCCUUUUCCAGGUGAUGUAUUUGGUAAUUGGAGUGGUAGUAAUGCAACAAGACCUUCCUUCUAA